AUGUCUUCACAGCAAACAUGCGAAUGCAACAAGCAAAACGCAGGCAAGUCCCAAUGGUUCAAAUGCCAAUGUUGCCCAGGUUGUAAAUGCGGAAGCAACUGCCACUGCACAAAGGAUAACAAGUGCUCUCCAGACUGCCACUGCGGAGAAGGAUGCCACUGCAACGAAGGAUGCAAGUGCGGAGCUGACUGCCACUGCACAAAGGAUAACAAGUGCUCUCCAGACUGCCACUGCGGAGAAGGAUGCCACUGCAACGAAGGAUGCAAGUGCGGAGCUGACUGCCACUGCACAAAGGAUAACAAGUGUUCUCCAGACUGCCACUGCGGAGAAGGAUGCCACUGCAACGAAGGAUGCAAGUGCUCUCCAGACUGCCACUGCACAAAGGAUAACAAGUGUUCUCCAGACUGCCACUGCGGAGAAGGAUGCCACUGCAACGAAGGAUGCAAGUGCUCUCCAGACUGCCACUGCGGAGAAGGAUGCCACUGCAACGAAGGAUGCAAGUGCGGAGCUGACUGCCACUGCACAAAGGAUAACAAGUGUUCUCCAGACUGCCACUGCGGAGAAGGAUGCCACUGCAACGAAGGAUGCAAGUGCGGAGCUGACUGCCACUGCGGAGAAGGAUGCCACUGCAACGAAGGAUGCAAGUGCUCUCCAGACUGCCACUGCAACCACUAA